CCACUGUGUUUUUAGAAACAUUGACUAAAAGGCAAAUUAAAAGAUGCUUUAUUACACUGACGAUUUUAUUUGUCGAAGAAAAACUGUUUACACAGCAGUUGUGUUCAGUUCCUGAUCAUUUGUCAUCAUUAAUGCAGAACAUAUGUUGAAAAAGGUCUUACAAAGGAUAACACAAGUGAUUAAAUCUGUUAGAAUGACUGAUAUUUCACCUAGUAGUGUAGCUGUUCAGCAGGAUGACAAAGGAAACAAAAGACCCUUAGAUGAGGAACUGUCAGACCAUCAGAAAAAACAGAAGACUGAAUCUGGUGAACAGUCCAAAAGACUCCCGAAAAGAAAGAUUGCUAUGUUAAUAGGAUAUAAUGGCAAAGGGUAUCAUGGGAUUCAGAUUAACAAAGAAGUUAACACAAUAGAAAAUGAGAUAUUAAAGGCUUUGGUAAAAACUCAGUGUAUACCACAAGAACAUGCCGAUGUUCCACAGAAGAUGAGUUUCCAACGAGCAUGUAGAACAGACAAAGGUGUUUCAGCAGCCAUGAAUCUGUUGUCAUUGAAGGUGAUAAUAGAUAUAGAGAAUUUAUUGGAGAAGAUCAACAGUCAUUUACCUGAGCAGAUUCGAGUAUUUGGAUAUAGAAGAACUACUGGUGGAUUUGACAGUAAGAAUUACUGUGAUAACCGUACAUACAUGUACAUCUGUCCUACAUAUGCCUUUGCUCCACUAGAAAAUAUUGUUACUGAUGAAUACAGAAUGACUGAUGACGUUGUAGAACAUGUCAACAAAAUGUUAGCCAGAUUUAUAGGAACGCACAGAUUUCACAACUAUACUUCUAAAAUAGAUGCCAAAGAAGCACGUGCCAAACGAUAUAUCAUAUCAUUCACGUGUGGUAAACCCUUCAUCAGAGAUGGCUGUGAGUUUUGUGUAAUUACUGUCAGAGGUCAAAGUUUUAUGUUACAUCAUAUACGUAAAAUGAUUGGUAUAACAAUAGCAAUAGUGCGAGGUAACUGUGGAGAAGAUGUUAUAGACAAGUCUUGGAAACCAGAACGGGUAGAUAUUCCAAAGGCUCCAGGACAGGGUCUUUGUCUAGAACAGCCACAUUAUGAUAAUUACAAUAAGAAGUAUGGUACUGAUGGAAUACAUGCACCAUUAGACUGGGUAGAAGAGCAGGAUGAAAUUAAUAAGUUUAAGGAAGAGUAUAUCUAUUCUGAUAUUAUGAAGACAGAGAAAGAUGAAAAGAUUAUGAUGGAAUGGCUUGGUAACUUACAACAUCAUGUGUUUGAUGUUGUUGAUGACAAAGAAGAAAGAGCCAGUAGAUACGCCAAACAACAUUAUUUGAAAAAAUGCAAGCAAGAUCCUAAUAUUGUAAUAACACCAGACACAGGCUUCAAAUUAAAAAGCAAAACGUCAAAUGAGAGUGCAGAUUCUAACAAUUCUGAAAAUGCUGAGGCCAAGGAAGAUAACUCAGAUAUACAAUUAGACUCUGAAGUCAAAAUAAAAUCUGAAUCUGAAGUCAAAAUAAAAUCUGAAUCUGAAGUGGAAAUUAAAUCAGAAAUCAAAGAAGAUAAAGACUUGACCAAGGAAAAUGAAGUAGAAGCAGACCAAGAUAGUAAACCUGUCAAAGUCCAAUCAUAGCAUUAAAUGUACAUCAAAA